GUUGAAAGACAGAAAAAUCAUUCGUGAAAAAAGGUCCGUCGUCCGUUCGUUCGAUCCGCUCCAGACAAGGCAAAGGGUAAAAUAAUUCUUGGUCGGUCCGAGUGCGUUUAGCCGUGACUUUAUACGUUCGGUGCGCGUUUGCGAGUGCUGGCAGGAGGGCCGGAAGUGGGCCACAGCGCCGACGGGAAUCGACGGUAGUUAGCUAAGUAAUUAAAAAAUAGUGUCCAGUUUUAAGUGGCGUGCAGGCACUUGCUAGAAGAAUCGCAGAGAAUACUUUCCGCGAGUUGUCGUUCGACACUUUAGUUUCGUUCCGGGAUUCUCUUUCUGUCCUGUCACGUUCAAUGGUGGACAUGUCAUGAGAAUUAAUAGAAUCGAAGAUAGAAUGGAUGAAAAUAGUGCGCUGAACCAUCAGAAUGGUGGUGGUGGUGGCCAGUUGGGCGGAAUCGGCGCCGGCAGUGGUGUCCAGGGUGGCCUCGGCGGUAUGAACAACAACUCCGGUGGUGGUAUGAACAACAAACCCGGUGGGUUGGGCGGAGGCGGCACCGGUGGCAGCAGCGGGGGCACCAUCGUCGGCCAGGAUGACCAGAACAACAAGACGUCGCCGACCCAGUACUCGAUUCCGGGCAUUCUGCACUUUAUCCAGCACGAGUGGGCCAGAUUCGAGCUGGAGCGCUCGCAGUGGGACGUCGACCGUGCCGAACUGCAGGCGAAAAUUGCCGUACUGCUCGGUGAGCGGAAAGGCCAGGAGUCCCUCAAAUCGGACCUGAUCCGGCGCAUUAAGAUGCUCGAGUAUGCGCUGAAGCAGGAACGAGCGAAAUUUCACCGGUUAAAGUACGGCGUCGAUCCGCCGAUGAACGAUAUUAAGCCACCGUCGGACGAGCCAGGCAUCGGCACCGAGGUCGCACCAGAUCCGGAGGUUCCGUACAGUUCCGUGUCCAACAUAACAUGGCGGCAGGGUCGGCAGCUGCUGCGCCAGUAUCUGCAGGAGAUCGGCUACACCGAAACAAUCAUUGACAUCCGCUCGAACCGGGUCCGCUCGUUACUGGGUCUGAACAACAACUGCGAGCAGGAGAAUGAGAACGUGAGCCCGAACAUCAACGGCGGUAGCGAAACCAACAAGCGUGCUAGCGAGUCACAAGGUGGACGCCGAACACCGGCCAAAAAGUCCCAGCCCUCGUCGAUGACGGAAGCGAUGAUCCUGGACUCGGAGGCGGCCGUCAUCGCCAACUUUGAGUUUCUGGCCCAGGCCGACUCGGAGAUGUCCGAGGACGACAUGGACGACAUGUCGGACGAAAUCGGCGACAGCGACGACACGACGGACAUGAAGACGACAAAGCGAAAAGCCAAAGGAGGUAGUGUCACCAUGAAUGACGAUGACGUUGAUGCAGAAGCUGACGAGGUCAUCAACGAGCUGAAUCUGCUGACAGAAGGUGAGGACAACAGUUUGUCAGAAAACAGAAAAUCGGACGGAGGGGAUAUAUUCGUUGGUUACAACAAACCCGCCAUACCGCGUCAUCCCACGAUACCGGGUAUCAACAACGACGAGGAGGUCGAUUCUUCGCUCGGGCUGGGCGAACUAGCGCAGCUGACCGUGAACAAUGAGGCGGAAUCGACGUACGAGGUGUCUAACGCGAAGGAACCGUACCGCAAGACCUGGAACGCCAAAUACACGCUGCGGUCGCACUUUGACGGUGUCCGGGCGUUGGCGUUCCACCCGCAGGAACCAGUGCUGAUAACUGCCUCGGAGGACCACACCCUGAAGCUGUGGAACUUGCAGAAAACCGUGCCAGCCAAGAAGUCCGCUAGUCUCGACGUGGAGCCUCUCUACACGUUCCGUUCGCAUAAUGGACCGGUGCUGUGUCUGGCCAUGUCCGCGACCGGUGAGCAGUGCUACUCGGGUGGCCUGGACGGGGCCAUCAACUGCUGGAAUCUGCCCAACUCCAACAUUGACCCGUACGACAGCUACGACCCAGAGGUGAUGAAAUGUACGCUGGACGGACACACCAACGCCGUCUGGGGCCUGGCCGUCAACCACACGAAAAACAGUCUCGUGUCCUGUUCGGCGGACGGCACCGUCAAACUGUGGACCCCGUCCGGGAAGAUUCCACAGCUGAACACGACGUUCACUUCGGAAACGGAAGGUGUUCCGACGUCGGUAGACUUUGUACGGGACCAGUCGGACAGAAUCGUGGUCGCGUACAGCAGUACGCACUGCAUCAUCUACGACACGGAAACUGGCCGCCAGGUGGUCAAGCUGGAGGCCAGCCAGGAGAUGACCGGCAACGUCGGCAAACACAUCAACAAGGUCGUCAGCCAUCCGACGCUCCCGAUCACGAUUACGGCCCACGAGGAUCGACACAUCCGGUUCUGGGACAACACGACCGGUUCGCUGAUCCACUCGAUGGUGGCCCAUCUGGACGCGGUCACCAGUCUGGCGGUGGAUGCCCACGGACUGUACCUGCUGUCCGGAUCGCACGACUGCUCCAUCCGGCUGUGGCACAUGGACAACAAGACGUGCGUGCAGGAAAUCACCGCGCAUCGUAAAAAGUUUGACGAAAGUAUAUUGGACGUUGCAUUUCAUCCCUCGAAGCCGUACAUCGCUAGUGCCGGUGCCGAUGCAAUAGCUAAAGUGUUCGUUUAAUGUGUGAAAAAGAAAACCAAUUGAAAAAAUGAUGAACAGAAAAAACACACACACACAUUACACGGUAACCGGUGAAAGAGCAUGAAAGUAGUUGUUUUUAAUUAUCACGAACAUUCUAGUUACAAAAUAUUACAAAAUAAAAAAAAGCAAGCAAAAAAAGUAAAGCCAGCAGCAGCCGACUAAGUAAUAUAUGCAUGAUAAUUUCUACAUACAAUGCAAACAGAGAGAGAGAGAGAGCAAACUCACACUUACACGAAUCACAAACACGCGCGCGAGAAACAAGUAUUUGGGAGGGAAUCAUGCUUGAGGAAAAAAAAAGAGAGCAGCUCCAGUAGAAAACGUGAAAAUGCAAUUGAGAGUUUCGAGAGAAAAGCAAAUACAAAACAUCCAACUAGAUUUUAUUUUAUGACAAUUGAUCGCAGCAACCGGAGAAGGAAAAUGCAAAAUUUUACCGCCAAGCGUGUCGUCAUCUCGAUCUUUUAUCAGUUGACGCAACAAGAUUAUCUCAAAACACUCAUACUUACACACGUACACACACAUUCACCCUCUGGCAAGAAGAAGAAGAAGGUAAAAACAAGCAAGCAAGCAAGUAAACGGGAAGAAAUUAUUGAUAAGCAAAAAGAGAUGUAAAGAAGGAAAACAAAAAACAAAACCAACACAGUGUUGAAACAAGUAUAGAGGACUCAUUCAUGGAUUUCAACGUGAGUUUUAGAUCUUAGGUGUAGAAAGUGAUAAGAAACGAUAUAAUGAGAACAAACAAACAACAAAAAAACACAAGAGAAGGAGAUGCAAAAAAAGAAGGUAAAAAACAUAUGUUUAACUAUGUAGACUCGUCAAAUACAAAA